CUUGAAAUAUUUUUUGUCACGGAAUUGGCAACGACAUUGGUUAAUGGUGUUAUAUACCAUUGCUUCAGCUGCAAAGAGAAGCGAGUUACAGAGGUGAAAGUGGUAACUGUGAGAACCCCCAAAGCAGCAACCGGCGUAAAAGAAGCGCAAAAUACGGCCUACACCAACAGACUCUAGACUCUAGACUCUAGACCUCUCCUAUAAAUUCCUAUAUACCAACGCUCUUUCCUUGAUCCUUAAUCUUCUUCUUCUUUCCCACGAAGCUUAGACAUGGAUCCGCCUCACCCAUCCCCACCGGAGCUUCGUCUUCCUAGUCUCACUCCCCUCAAGAUACUCGGACAAGGAGCCAUGGGGACUGUCUUUCUCGUCCACGACCAUCUCCUUGAUCACGAGGCGAAUUUCCCCUUUGCGCUCAAGGUCGUCCACAAAUCGUCUUUUGUCUCUAAGCACCACGCCGAGCGCCGCGCUCGUUGGGAGAUUCAGGUUCUUUCCCGGUUAUCACUCCCUAAACCACACCCCUUUCUUCCUGACCUCAUCGGAUCCUUCGAGUCCGACGAUUUUUUGGGCUGGGCUGUUCCGUACUGUCCUGGUGGGGACCUUAACGUCUUGCGUUACCGCCAAAUGGACCGGGUCUUCUCGCCAGCUGUCAUUCGGUUUUAUUUGGCUGAGAUCGUCUGUGCGCUAGAGCAUCUUCAUAGCAUCGACAUCGUUUACCGAGAUUUGAAGCCGGAGAAUGUAUUGAUUCAACAAUCGGGUCAUGUCACUCUAACCGAUUUUGAUUUGUCGCGUCAGUUGAUUCGUAAGACAGUGAAAGACGUCGUUUCGCUUGAUGAUUCCGGCCACGAGAAGCUGCCGGCCGUCGCCGCCCGGCGGAACUUUACGCGAUGGAUUGUGGGGACCGCUAAAGUCAAAAAGGGUUUGAGAAAGGCUAAAUCGGCUCGGGUUAGUCCUGUGAGCCGUUGGAAAUCGGGUUUAAUAACUAAUAAUGGCGAGCGGUCGAACUCCUUCGUUGGAACAGAGGAGUACGUUUCGCCGGAGAUCAUUCGAGGUGAGGGACAUGAAUUCGCCGUUGACUGGUGGGCCUUGGGAAUUCUCACGUACGAGAUGCUCUAUGGGAAGACGCCGUUUAAGGGGACUAACCGUAAAGAAACGUUUAGGAACGUUCUAGUCAAAGCCCCAGAGCUAAUCGGAAAGCGUUCAGAUUUAACGGAUUUGAUCGAACGGUUGCUGGUGAAGGACCCCACCAAGCGGUUGGGGUACACCCGAGGCGCGUGUGAGAUCAAAGAGCAUGCGUUUUUUAACGGCGUUAAGUGGGACAUAUUAACGGAAGUCAUGCGACCGCCAUUUUUACCGGCUCGUGAAGAAACAGGAUGGAGGGAGAAUAAAGCCCCCGGUGGUGUGGGUAUAGAGGAAUACUUUCAUAGACAGAGAUCGCCGCCUUCAUUUCCAGCGUCGCCGUCGCCGUCGUCAUCUCCGUCAACCUCCUUCCAUUUGCACAAUAACAGCAUAUGUUUAGCGGAGUUCUAACCCACGAGGGGAGAUUGCACGUGUAAGAGUUGGAUAUUCUUUGGGCUCUUAAUGUAAUUUGAGUGUAGAUAAAUGGAAUAACCCACCAGCAGUAGUACAACGUUUGGGAGAAACGGCGUUAGUGGAAAUUCAUAAAUUGUCGUUGGUUAAGGUAAUAAUAGGCAGGAUUAGUAGUACA